AUGGAUUUUCCAGGACACUUUGAGCAAAUCUUUCAGCAGCUGAACUACCAGAGGCUUCAUGGCCAGCUUUGUGACUGUGUCAUUGUGGUGGGAAACAGGCACUUCAAGGCCCACCGCUCGGUCCUGGCAGCAUGUAGCACACACUUCCGAGCCCUCUUCACUGUAGCAGAAGGAGAUCAGACGAUGAACAUGAUCCAGCUGGACAGUGAAGUGGUGACAGCAGAAGCCUUUGCUGCUCUGAUAGACAUGAUGUACACUUCCACACUAAUGCUUGGGGAGAGCAACGUCAUGGAUGUCUUGCUGGCUGCUUCUCACCUACAUUUGAACUCAGUGGUUAAAGCGUGCAAGCACUACCUUACCACCAGGACACUGCCCAUGUCUCCGCCAAGUGACAGAGUUCAGGAGCAAAAUGCACGCAUGCAGAGAUCCUUCAUGCUGCAGCAGCUGGGGCUGAGCAUUGUCAGCUCAGCCUUAAAUUCCACGCCCAGCACAGAGGAGCAGCCCAACCCCAUGAGCUCCUCGAUGAGAGGAAACAUGGAGCAGCGCACGGCUUUCCCCAUCCGCCGCUUGCACAAGCGGAAGCAGGCGUCCGAGGAGCGGGGCCGCCCGCGCGUCCGACCGCCCUUGGAGGAGGCAGCGUCCGAGGCUGCCACGGAGAGCGGGCAGGCAGGGAUGCACUCACGGGAGGACUUCUUCUCACCUGACUCCCUGAAGAUGGUGGACAACUCAAAGGCUGAUGCCGUUGCUGAUAACCAGGAGGAUAACACUAUUAUGUUUGAUCAGUCUUUCAGUGCUCAGGAAGAUGCUCAAGUGCCCAGCCAGUCAGACAACAGUGGGGGAAACAUCUCACAGAUGUCCAUGGCGUCCCAGGCAACACAGGUGGAAACCAGCUUUGACCAGGAGCCUGCUUCUGAGAAGAGCAACUUCCCAUGUGAGAAUCCAGAAGUCAGUCUGAACGAAAAAGAGCACAUGAGGGUGGUGGUGAAGUCUGAGCCGCUGAGUUCCCCAGAGCCUCAGGACGAGGUGAGUGAUGUGACUUCGCAGGCAGAGGGCAGUGAGUCUGUGGAAGUGGAGGGAGGGGUGGUGAGUGCAGAGAAGAUAGAACUGAGCCCUGAGAGCAGCGACCGCAGCUUUUCCGACCCACAGUCCAGCACUGAUCGGGUGGGAGACAUCCAUAUUAUGGAGGUGUCAAAUAACCUGGAACACAAGUCUACAUUCAGUAUCUCAAAUUUUCUAAAUAAAAGCAGAGGUGGUGGCUUUGGUGCUAGUCAGAACAGCGAUGACAACAUUCCUAACACCACCAGUGACUGCAGAAUGGACAGCGAUGCCUCGUACCUAAUGAGUCCAGAGUCAGGGCCUGCUGGAGGCCACUCAUCCGCCACCGUUUCUCACGUGGAGAACCCGUUCAGUGAGCCUGCAGACUCUCACUUUGUCAGACCGAUGCAGGAGGUGAUGGGUCUCCCCGGCGUGCAGACCUCCGGCUACCGGGCAGCAGAGCAGUUCAGCAUGGAUUUCCCACGGUCAGGCCUGGGCUUGCACUCCCUGUCCAGAGCCAUGAUUGGCUCAGUCAGAGGAGGAGCAAGCAGCUUCCCUGGCUACCGCCGCAUAGCCCCCAAAAUGCCGGUGGUGACCUCUGUCAGGAGCUCCCAGCUGCAGGAUAACUCCUCCAGUUCCCAGCUGAUGAUGAACGGGACCACGUCUUUUGAGAACGGGCACCCGUCGCAGCCAGGCCCGCCGCAGCUGACGCGCGCCUCGGCAGAUGUGCUCUCCAAGUGCAAGAAGGCCUUGUCCGAGCACAACGUCCUGGUCGUGGAAGGCGCGCGCAAGUACGCCUGCAAGAUCUGCUGCAAGACCUUCCUGACCUUGACAGACUGCAAGAAACACAUCCGUGUGCACACGGGAGAGAAGCCUUAUGCCUGCCUGAAGUGUGGCAAGAGGUUCAGCCAGUCCAGCCACCUCUAUAAACACUCCAAAACCACCUGCCUGCGCUGGCAGAGCAGCAACCUGCCCAGCACGUUGCUCUAA